AUGAAGCUGCAGCAUCGAGCACAGAAUACGGAGUAUCUGUGGACUAGCCCUGCUCCGCCCGCAAAGGAGAACUGGGGAUCAGGUGGAGGUCAAAGAAGGCGUGUUCGGACCAUGUCCAUCUUGGUCUGUCUUCAGACGUCGAGUAUCGCAGAGGCUUCACCUGGGUUCCUGGCCCUUGAAUCCGAGCCGCCGCUUGUUUCUAGCUGUGGUCCCAAGACUCGGCUCGUUAGACUCUUCGACAAUGCUAGGUGGAUCAAGAGCGACAAGCAGACUGCAGGCGUUGAGGACGACGCAGAUACCUGA